AUGGGAUGGGGCAGUAUCCGUUACAGGAUAAAACAUCAUCAUGUUGUGGGCCCAAAACUAUCAGAGGAAAAUCAGAAAUCUGUUAACAGACGUGAGGAAUAUUUAUAUAACCCUUUAAAUGGUUUUACUCUCAUUAGGCGUAUGUACUCUGAUUGGACUAAAAUUGAAUUAUUUAUAAGGAAAACUGUAGGUGAAGACCAUUUAGCUGUCAUACGCCAUUAUAGACCGGAAAUGCCCACUUUUACUGAUAUAUUAGAAGCUUCUGAAGCUAUAAAUCGCUUGCAAACUGUUUACGAUUUAAAAGCCAACGAUCUAGUUAAGGGCAUAAUAAAUGGUCAACAGUAUGAAACCAAACUUAAAUCAAUUGAUUCCUAUUUUAUGGGUUACUAUUUAUUUAGUAAAAAACUCUAUUAUCCUGCUGGAUUUUGGUUGAAUUCUUCUCUGGGGAAUUAUGAGGAUGAAAAUGAGUUCAAUAAAAUUGUGAAUUUUAACAAAGAGAAAAUAUUGGAACUAUACGCAGAGACUUUGGUACAGCAAAAUCGACCCGUAGACGCUUUACGUUUUGUUACACAGGCUUCAGAUUUACAACCAUUGGAUGCUCAUUUACUAAAUCGCAAAAAUCAAAUACAGUUAUUAAUCCAUAAAAGUAAUGAUAAACCAUUAGAGUACCCUACACCAGUUAUUUCCAAUUAUGAACGUGGUUGUCGUGGUGACUUCAGCAAACAUCUUUCAAAACUAUAUUGUCUUUAUAACACAAACACUACGUCAUUCUUAAGAUUGGCUCCCAUAAAAAUGGAACUAUUAAAUUUUGAACCAUACAUGGUGCUAUUUCAUGAUAUAAUAUCAGAUAAGGAAAUAAAACAUUUAAUAAAUUUAGCUAGACCAAAUUUACAAAGGGCGGCUGUAUAUGACAAUGAAGCGUCCGAGCUAUUGGUAGCAAAUGAAAGAACUUCCAAGGUAGUUUGGUUGGACGAUGACAUCGAUGUAAUAAUAAAACGCCUCAAACAAAGAAUAAGUGAUAUGACUGGUUUAAAUAUUGCCGAUGCGGAAGAAUUGCAAGUUGUAAAUUAUGGUCUGGGUGGUCACUAUGAGGAGCAUUAUGAUUUCUUUAAUGCAACAGAUAGCCCUACAAAGGUUUUAGAACUGGGAGAUCGUAUAGCUACUGUAUUGUUUUACUUGAGUGAUGUAGAACAAGGUGGCGCCACAGUUUUUCCAAAACUAGAAACGGCCGUAUUUCCUCGCAAGGGCUCUGCUCUUAUGUGGUAUAAUCUUAAUAAUAAAGUGGAGAUUGAUGAACAGACCUUACAUGCUGCUUGUCCCGUUUUAGUGGGUUCUAAAUGGGUUUGCAGUAAAUGGAUUCGCUCAAAUGCCCAAAUAUUCAAAAAGCCUUGUUAUAUAUAAAAUUGGUUAUAAUUUUAAAUUAAAAGAAUUUUUUUUGUGGAAAUUAGUAUU